AUGUCAGGGAAAGUGAUGUCAGGGAAAGUGAUGUCUGGGAAAGUGAUGUCUGGGAAAGUGAUGUCAGGGAAAGUGAUGUCAGGGAAAGUGAUGUCAGGGAAAGUGAUGUCUGGGAAAGUGAUGUCUGGGAAAGUGAUGUCAGGGAAAGUGAUGUCUGGGAAAGUGAUGUCUGGGAAAGUGAUGUCUGGGAAAGGGAUGUCAGGGAAAGUAAUGUCAGGGAAAGUGAUGUCAGGGAAAGGGAUAUCUAGGAAAGUGAU